AUGAUUUCUUUUGAGACAAAAGACGGAAAAACCAUUCGUGCCGAGCUGGAACUGAUGAAUCGCUCCAGCGUGAUACGCGCGAUGUGCAGCGCCUGCCCUGACGAUGGCGCGGAGGACGUCGUCAUACCGCUGCGCGGCGUACGCAGCGAGGUGCUGUUGAAGAUCCUCAUAUGGGCCCAGUUCCACAAGGACGACGAGGAGCCCGCCUGGGUGACCAAGCCGUAUCCCAUCUCAGUCCUGGAGAUCGAAGUGCGCACCGGCUAUUGGGACAAGGAGUUCCUUCGCUGGGACUUGAACCAUGUCUGUGAGAUGCUGGAGGGCGCCAAUUACCUCGAAAUCAAUUGGCUAAUGAAGCUGUGCAUUCAGAAGCUAUUCUUCAAUCGCUCCAGGCUCACAAGCUACCAGUGGAAUAAAUAUUUGAAAAAUAUAGAGCCGUUUGUCAAGUUCGGGGUGAUCAUCGGCCCCCCCAAGGACAUUCCCCCAAACCGCGACUGGGAGUGGUUCAGCGAUCAAAAGAUCAACUUUUAAAAAUAUGUCUUUAGCCCAUCACUUCGUGGGGAUAUCUUCCAUGAAGAAAAAAAAUGAAAUACAUACAAAUUCGAAGAAGAAAUCCAACUGAAUCCUGGCCUACUUAGAGCUGAUAUUUUGUGGUGUUGAAAUUUUGUUUGCUCUCGCUUUAAAAUGUGAUUGUCUAUUGACUGUGAUAACGCCA